AUCCACAACUUCCCAAACAUCACAAACUCACACUCUCAUCAUCAAAUACCUAACCAAAACUUUAUUUUCUCUAUACCUCUCGAAAAUGAAGCUUUCUAAAUCAACCCUUGUCUUCUCAGCCCUCCUAGUCAUCCUCGCCGCCGCGGCCGUCUCAGCCGCCCCGGCCAACCAGUUCAUCAAAACCUCCUGCACCCUCACCACCUACCCCGCCGUCUGCGAACAAUCCCUCUCCGCCUACGCCAAGACCAUCCAAAACAACCCCCAAGAGCUCGCUUCCACCGCGCUCCAAGUCAGCCUCACACGCACCCAAAAAGCUCAAACCUUCAUGAAGCGCCUCAACAAAUUCAAAGGCCUCAAGGCGCGCCAAUACGCCGCCAUCCACGACUGCCUCGAAGAGGUCGAAGACAGUCUGGACCGCGUGAGCCGAUCCUGCGACGAGAUGAAGAAUCUGAGCCACGCCAAGGGGAAUGACUUCACCUUCAGGAUGAGCAAUGUGGAGACGUGGGUCAGUGCUGCGUUAACGGAUGAGACCACUUGCAUGGAUGGGUUCGCUGGGAAGGGCAUGGAUGGGAAGAUCAAGGAGUCUGUUAGGGCGCAAGUGGUUGCGGUGGCUCGUGUGACUAGCAAUGCUCUUGCUUUGGUUAACAACUUUGCUGCAAAACAUAAGCACUAGAGUUGGGGCUUGUUUCAAGUUUUGCGAGAUCUACUGUAGUGAAACGGUGUCCUGAUAUAUGUAGUAUAUAAUGUUAUAUAUAUGGAUGAGGAUGUUCGUGUGUGUAAAAUGUAAUAUACUGGGUUUUUUCUUUUGUGUUUUUCGUUCUUUCGGCCACUUUUUGUGACCUGGGUGGAGUGAAGUGUAAAAUACACCAAGGUUAAUGAUAACUUAUAAUUAUUCCA